AAAAGAUCAAAUGCAGUUGCAGACAUAUUGAAGACAUGGUUUUUAUUGGCAAAUAACUUGCAUUCCAUAUAAAGUAUAGUCAGUCAUAUUGGUCUUUGAUUCAUUAAUCCAUCUUACAAUUUUAUAUUUGAGUGACUGAAAUAUACUAUCAAUUGAUAUCCCCGGUCCGCGGCAUAUCAUUCUGCACAACAUAUAUACCAGUUAACAUCCAAAGACACUUUUUAUUCUAUCAUUUGAAAAAGAAAUGGCCAUACCUCAGCUCUUAGUGGGCAAAGUUUGCGGAAUCACAGGCGGUUUAACUGGCAUUGGGAGGGCUAUAGCACUCGAAUACCUCCGCCACGGUGCCAAAGUCGCCGUCAACCAUCUCGGCGCAGCCAAUGAUGAACCUCUCGUCGAAGCUUUCAACAGAGAUGCUUCCGUCGUGAUCGCAGAGAGUGCAACCUUAAAAACAGAGGAAAAGCAGUAUAUUACCGUCGCAGGGGAUAUAUCCAAACCCGGAACAGGAGUAAAUUUCGUCACUAAAAUUGUCGAGGCAUUCGGCCGAUUAGAUGUCUUCGUUAGCAAUGCGGGAGUUUGUCAAUUCGCCGAGUUUCUUGACAUCGAGCCUUCCCUCCUCACCCAGACCGUCGAUAUAAACCUCUGCGGCGCAUUCUACGCGACCCAAGCGGCAGGUCGCCAAAUGGCACUGCAACAAUCUCCACCGGGCGGGUCGAUAAUCGGAAUCAGUUCGAUUUCUGCGCUCGUGGGAGGGGAAAAGCAAUGCCAUUACUGUCCUACGAAAGCCGGCAUAUUGUCUCUGAUGCAGUCGACGGCAGUAGCACUGGGAAAAUAUAAUAUUAGGUGCAAUGCGCUCCUGCCAGGGACCAUCCGGACACAGCUUAAUGAUGCGGACAUGAGUGAUGAGAAGAAGCGGACGUAUAUGGAAGGUAGGAUUCCUUUGGGGAGACUCGGGGCUCCUAAGGAUCUGGCGGGGCCGGCUGUAUUCCUGGCUUCAGAUCAGUUGAGUAGUUAUGUGACUGGUGCUCAGAUCCUGGUCGAUGGAGGCCUGUUCGUCAAUUUACAGUAGGAGAUGAGAUGGUUGUGUAUAUUUAAGUCUACACUUUUACGGUUAAGGAGCAC